CGCCUGCGGCACGCGUUGGGCGCGGAGGGCGCCCGGGAGGAGCGGACACACGACGGCGUUGAGGCCGAGGACUGUCCCGAGAGCUCGGAGCUGGAGGACGACACCGAAGGGCUGUCCACCCGCCUCAGCGGCACCCUGAGCUUCAGCGGACACGAGGAGAACGAAGAGGAGGAGGAGGAGGAGGACGGCGGCGGCGAGGAGCUGCAGGCGGGGGAUGCUGCGCAGGACGGAGGCAGGUGCUGGGAUGGGUACCCUGGGCUCCCGCCCUGCCGUCCGCAGGCCUACGAGGAUCUGCGCUAUAAACUGUCCCUGGAGUUCCCCAGCGGAUAUCCCUACACCGCGCCCACGGUGCGCUUCCUCACGCCCUGCUACCACCCCAACGUGGAUGCUCAGGGCAACAUCUGCCUCGACAUCCUGAAGGAGAAGUGGUCGGCGCUGUAUGACGUGCGCACCAUCCUGCUGUCCAUCCAGAGCCUGCUGGCAGAGCCCAACAUUGACAGCCCGCUGAACACGCACGCUGCUGAGCUGUGGAAGAACCAGGCUGCCUACAAGAAGUACCUGCGAGAGAUGUACAGCAAGCAGGCUAAGAGCCAGGAGACCUGACCCCCACCACACCACCCCCUUGCCCCUGUCUGCUGCGCCUUUCUGUAUUAUAGGCUGUUUUUAACUUAAUUCUGGAGUGCGAGCUACGGUUAAUGUAUAAAUAAAUACACAUCUAUAGGUUCUUC